AUGCGAGAACAAUUACAAAUUAGUCUUGAGAUAGGGUUUACUCAACAACUUGCUAAAAAUAUUACUACAACAUCUAAAAUUACUGAACUUACUUCACUAACUGAAUAUCAUAUUACAAGUAAUAUUGCAGAAACAUAUACUUUUGAAAAAACUUAUGUUCUUGAUCAUUCGCUAUUAGAAUUAUUAGAAGAAUCUUGUGCUAAUUAUGGAAGUUACUCUAAUACUCAUUUAGCAUAUGAAUUUAUUAGUGCAAUUGGAAGAGUUAUUGAAGAGACAAUUUGUCAAGAAAUUCAAAAAUCUCCAGUUUGGAGUAUUAUGAUUGAUAAGAGCAAUACAAUUACAAUAACUAAAAAUCUUGCAAUUGUUUCUAAGCAUAUAUCAAAUAACUUUCCAGUUUAUCGCUAUUUAGGAAUGAUUGAGCUUAAAGAAGGAACUGCAAAUGCAAUUGUUAAUAAAUUAAAUAUUUUUUUGCAAGCAAAAAAUUUACCAAUUGACCGUUUAAUGAAUAUAGGAAGUGAUAGUGCAUCUGUAAUAUUAGAAUAUCAUUGUAUUUCUCAUCAUUUAGAAUUAGCAAGUGAAGAUGCUGCAUCUUCAAUUCCUUAUUUAGUUAAUUAUAAUGAUAUUGUUCGAAGUCUUUAUAAUUAUUUUAGUAAUUCUUAUUCACAAAUAGAGCAUCUAAAAAUGGUAGAAGCAAGAUUGGAAGAGCCAGAACUUCAUUUAUUAAAAAUUAUAACAACACGAUGGCUUUCAUUAUCAAAUGUAUUUUCUAAUUUACAUCAUAUAAUUAGUUUAGUAGUUCAAGCACUUAAAGAAGAUUAUAUAAAAUCAAAAACUGCAAAAAUGUUAUAUAAAAUGAUUGAUCAAAAUUUUCUUCUUACAACACAUUUCUUAGCAGAUAUUCUUAGUGAUCUUCGACAUUUAACACUUAUUUUUCAAGCCAAUUAUGUAUCUUUAUAUGAGAUUAAAAUUCAAAUUAAUACUGUUAUUCAAAAAAUUAGAUCUGAUUUUUUAGGUACAAAUAAUCAAGAACCUACAUGGAGAAAUAAUUUGUACCAAUUUUUAGAUGAAAAUAAUCUUUCAGCAGAUAAUAUUCCAUCACAUAUAAAAGAAUUUGCACAAGCAACAAUUGAAAAUUUUCAAAUACGUUUUUCAGAUCAUAAAAUUACUAAUGCAUUUUGCAUUUUUAAUCCACGUAAUUUACCAGGUAUAACAUCAUUAAAUGAAUAUAGAAAUGAAAAAAUUACAGUAAUCACUAAUUUUUAUGGUAUAAGUAAAUAUAAACAAG